AUGGGUGGAGGUCCUGAGGAUGGUAGUGUUAUUCCCACCUUCGCGCGUCACAUUGCAUCUCGCUUAUGGGAGGGCCCAUUAGAGGGGGAAAACAGCGUAGCUCGAGGUUGUAUUAGGUGCCAGAGUCGAGGCUUAUUGUGUGCUGAGCUACAGACCUUGUCCGAGGGGAUGCCUGAAGGGGUGAAGACACUUAUAGCUGAUACCGGUUUAUCUCCCCUGCCGUGGGUUACGACAGGCCACUUUGACUUGCCUUUGAUUUCCGCUUUCGUGGAGCGUUGGCAACCGGACACUAAGACUUUUCACUUGCCAUUUGGAGAGAUGACUAUUAUGUUGCAUGACGUAUUUAUGAUAGUCGGGAUCCCUAUAGAGGGGAGACCAGUUAGCACAGUUCUUGAUAGUGAUUCCAUCGACUCGAGUUUGGCUUCUUUACUUCAGGAUGAGAUUGUUAAUAUUCGGGUUAAGCCACCAGGCAUUAUGGAAUGCGGCGGAGUAAGGUGGAAAACAGUUAUGGAGAGAUGUGGGGGUACGAGGAGCCCUGAGAUACAGGCUAGAGGUUGGUUGUUGCUUGCUUUGGGUUCUUGUUUGUUUGUUGAUAAGACUAGUAACCGAGUGACCCCACAUCCUUUAGUAGAGCUUGAUGAUUUGAGCACAGUACGUGGUCAUUCUUGGGGAUCAGCUUGCUUAGCUUAUCUUUUUCGCCAGCUCGGUGUGGCUACACGGGCUGAUAGUGCUAGCAUCGGAGGUUGUCUCACGCUUCUUCAGGCGUGGAUCUAUGAGUAUUUUCCUUGUUUCCCCCCUCACGCAACAGUCAAGGAGACAACAGCUGGGAGACCUCGAGCUCUGAGGUGGGAGUUUGUCGCAUGCCCAGCCAAUCCAGAUAGGCUGGCCUCUUACCGAUAUACUCUUGAUUAUAUGUCCGUCGUUGAGGUUUCGUGGACGCCAUAUGGUCGUAGCAUCGCCAUACAGCAUCCCAGGACUCUUUACAUGGGGCAUUUACGUUGUCGUGGUAUUGGUGAGAUCUAUGCCCCUAAUCGGGUUACUAGGCAGCUGGGUUAUGUGCAGGAGAUCCCGACUACGCUGGGUAGUCCGGGUGUGGCGUAUAGGCCGAGAUCAUCUCAUAGAUAUGAGAUUAAUUUUUGCAACAUGGGAUUCAUGGAUGUCGAUUGGUCGAGGGGUGGAUACCCUAGGUUGGAUCUGACUCGUCUGACGUGUCUACGUCAGUCAGGUCCCACCGUUGCAAUUGGUUACUUGGAGUUGUACCUUAAAAUUACUCAUUCAAAAAUUCUAAGAAACCCCCCACAAGGACAACAUGAUAAUUACCCUCCAGGGCUCACACUGAUUAUGUAUGCAUGUUUUUAUUAA